AUGGGCAACAGCGAUGACAAGGUCGAAACGGCCGCCCUCGUUAUCUCGCUCGUGGCGUUGAUAGGAACAUUCCUACAAGUUCUCCAACAGUACUUCGCGUCUGCCACGGGCUAUUCCAACUGCCAGAAGAGCCUCAGCGGCGGCUGGCUCCAUACCCUAAGGCGCAAGUUUCGCCCUAAUGAGCUUCGCUUUGAGGUUCUGUACAAAGCACCCGUCAUCUUCGUCUGCGGACCAGACAACAGAAGAGGUCCCGUGCCGGGAGAGCCACUCCGGUUCCUGACGGGAAGCGAUGAGAGUAAAUGGAAGGCCUGGAUCUGGACUCAAACAGAACAGGACGAGCCCGAAGCUAAGGAGGAACAGGGCCGCAUCUUGAAGACCUGGAAAACCUGGCUCAAAGAGAAGCUACGCCAGGUUUUGAGGAGCAAAGCGGUAGCCUGGCUCUGGAUACGACAGGGGAAAGAACAGGCGAACAAUCAGCCUCAACAUCAUAACAACCGCGUACUCACGGCGGAUAACGAAGAAGCUACCUGGCUGAAGUUGUUACGACAAAUCAACGGCAUGGAAAAGGACAGUACUUCUUGGGUCAACGAGUAUCACAAGCAGACCGUCAACAAUCAUCAUGGAAAGAAAGAAAGGGAUAUUGCCGACAAUAUCGACGAGUAUGCCAAAGAUGCCGGCGCAGAUUCACCCACUAUCUUGCCAGGACCCAAGCAGCACACCUUGGUCGUUGCCCUUCAGCCCAAACACCAUAGCUGGGACAACAUGCCCGCCGGUGUCAAAAAGCCGUACGCCAUUACCACCAUGUGCCACAUAGUUGAGAUUGCCGCUAUGCUGGGGAUCUACUGGAAGGAGUUCGAUCGGUCGAGGGACAAAUACCGCGCCGAGGGAAACGGUUACAUGCUUACCGGCAGUACUGUUCCCGACCUUGGCCUCUGUUUCACUUUCCAAAUAUCCGGCAAGGCUCGCUUCCGAGAGAACAGAACUAUACCUGUGGAUGGCAUCAAGUCACUGUGUUUUGGCUAUAUUCCCACCAUCUUCCAAGAGGAUGAGGAUCUUCGUAGGCUUGACGCCAAGGAUCCCGAUGAGCUCCAGUUAGGCAGCAUGGCGGAAAUUGCAGAAACCAUGGUCCAGCUCGGAUGCAACACCAGCACGGCGAACUACUUUAAGACGACGGACACGGUACAUCAACAUUUGUUUGCAGGCAAGUCCACCUUCUAUCAAUCUCUAUGGAUUCUUAGCUCACCCAUCUUUCACAGUGCCCUUCGAGAUCAUCGAGAUUUCUUUGAUUUGACGAAGCUUAUCAGAGAAUUCGAGGCCAAAGUUAACGACACAAAGUAUGCGCAGGCCUCAAAACAGACUCGCGCUCUUAAACGCCUGGCUGGCAAAGUCGUGAGGCAACUGGAUCGAAACGACAAGGACGUCAAUCAACGAAAAGAUGAGAUUAAAGACUCGAAAAAGGCGGGACGGGAGCGGAAAACUAAGCCCAAAACCAAGCAAGACCCGGAAGAAAAAGCACAAGUGGAAGCUGAGGUCCGGGAACCGCAAGUCCAGAGAGAGACCACUUUCUCAGACAUGCUGUCACUACAACGACUGGUCUCAUGGAUGACGAUGAAGGAAGGCGUACAAGGAGAGGGAAAGAAAGCGGAGGAAGGGCAACAGCCGAAAGAUCAGCUACCGGUGAUUUCUGGCUACUAUCUUCCUCUCCUCAACCAACUACACGACGCUAUUGAGGAGUGUGACGAUUACCUCCUGUCAUGCGACCGCGGUCUUGUGAACAUGGUCAUUCGUGAACAUCUCCAAGAGAUCGUCAAGAUGAUAAACGAACCGAUGACGGAGCAACCGGGCGAUAUCAACGGAAAAUCCACGGCAGCGGCGAUGACGGAGGAAAAGAAAGAUGCGAAGAAGCCCACGGCCUUGACCUUUUUCGAGAAACUCAGUGAGGCCAACCCAGAAGACAGACAGCGUGAGUUCAUGGGGACAUACUUUGAGGACGUUCUCAAAAAGGUCGGAAGCCGCGCUGUCUUAUCAUACAAGCGCUUGAACAAGGGCUAUGUCACAGGUCAAAAGACGGCCACUCCUCCUCUCACCCCAGAUGUCACCUUCCACUCAAGCGAGCCACAUCGGACGUUGCCAUUCUCGCCAGCUACGCAAGCAUUGGAUGCGCAAGCACUGGAGCCCACACAGGAAGCCGUCGCGCAGGCUAUCUGGUGCACGCUCAUUUUCAGAAUGCUCUGCUGGCUGCAAUUGCACGACUUUGACAAAAAGGAUAAGCAGUCUGCCAAAAGCGAGCUUCGAGGCAGCCGGCUUCCAGUUUUCAUUUCCUAG